GACAGACGCUCUCGGACACCGGGCGAGAGCGGGCGACCGGCCGCGCACCUGUCUCGCAAUCGCACGCGACGAGUCGAUCGCGAACCAUAAACACAAAACAUUUUCGAAUUCGAAAAUUAUUAAUCUUAUUUAAAUUUUAUUUGGAACAAUUUUAACGUAUAACGGAAAGUGAUUGUAAAAAUAAACUGAAAAGUGAAGAAAUUUUGUUUUUUUUAAUGAAAUAAAUUUUCGUAGUGACCAGCUGCUGAGUUUGCCAAAUCGCAAGACCACUAGCGGAUAGAUUAGAUACGGAAUCGAGAUUUGAUAAGACAUAAUAUAUGACCACUGAAAUUUGGCAAGUGAAAAUCUGGCUGAUGUGUUUUCGGAAGAAAUAAUGAAAAGAAAAAAGUAAGAGCAGAUAUUGUGAGAAGUGAAGAUGAAGAAACUGAGAAGAUGACUAAAAAUUUUAUGGUUGUUCUCCGUCGGACUUUUGACGGGUUUGUGAUGCGCGGGAUUUUAUCAGAGUUUUAAAAACUGCUAUCAGUGGCUUGACCGGCGGCUCGUGUGAAGUGAAAAAAGGAACUAUCAUCCAUUACACAAGAUAUUAAGAUAAAUAAUUCUGGCGAUAAACGAAGUUGUUGAAGAUCUAAACAUAGGUGACCAACUCAAGAUGAGAAUUAAGAUGCCAGCUGUACGCAUCGCGCAAGCGGAUGCGGACAGCGCGGCAGAGGGUGGUGGGUCACCAACUCCUGGCAUGCCGGGAGACACCCUCACCUGCGGCGCUUGCCGGCGAGCCUUCGCGUUGGCAGACAUCGUCAGGUUCAUCCAACACAAAAUCUCCUCCUGUGAUAAGGACCUCACCUCCUACCAUUGCUAUAGUGCUGGACCAAACUCCGACCAAGAAGACGGGUCACGACCGGGGCAAGUCUCAACAAACGCUAGUCGGAGACCAUCACUCCUGACUGCACGAAGACCACCAAGCAGCAGAGUGCACACCCCUCCCCUAGCGAGUCCCUCGAUAGCCCCUCCAGAUCUCAUAGAAGAUGGAGGAGCGUCGAGCACUCCUAAAAGACUACUAGAUGAACCAGACGUAGAAGCGUCCACUCCAAAAAGAAGAGCAUCAGCAUCACCCAUGCCAUCAAGUUCUCCUGAUGAGGAUAUCAAACCUAAAAUCAAACAGGAGCGUAUGGAUACCUCUGGUUCCCCUGAAGACACAAAGAAAUCUAGAACUGAAGUGGCUGAUGCUGAAUCUAACACUAUGCAUAGCGAACCCAGCAACUAUGUCUGCUCGACGUGCAAGGCGCGCGUGCACUCCGCCUGGCGGCUGCUCCAGCACGUGCAACACGUGCACGGCGUCAAGAUCUACGUCGAGGCUCUGCCCCAGCCGCAGCCCAAGCAGAACCAUUCAUCAUCUAGCACUUCUUCAUCUAGCUCCGGAUGUUCUUCCACCGGCGCAUCUCUCCCACCACCGACGUUACGUCACCAUCCUUUGUUACCACCACCUGACAUGCACUCCCCGUUUGGAGUCGGUGGUCUACUAAGAAUGCCUUUGCCAGGCAGCCUGCCACCUCUUGCUCAUCCUUCUGUACCCCCUGCGCCACUAUUCGCCCGGCCAAACCAUCACGACCAUCGGUUUAGAAUGGAACAACUAGUUUCAGAACAAUUUCGCCACCAUGGUCUCAAUUUGGCAGCCGCAGCAGCCGCUGUGGCAGCAAACUCUCUUCCUCCUCACCAAACAUUUCAAUCUCCAGCGGACCGACCACCAGUCGUCCCGACCUCUCUCUCCGGACGAGAACGGCCACCACCAGUAUCUCAACCCCUCUCAUUAGAACCCCAGCUGGAUUUUUACUCGCAGCGCUUGCGGCAACUGGCCGGUACAACCAGUCCAGGGGCGGCCACAGGCAAUUCGAGCUCUCCUAGCCCCAGGAAGCAUUCUCCUCCGUUCGCUUCCCCGUCGCCCUCCCGAGUCGGUCAGACUCCACCGGCGGGCGCCGGACCCGGGACGGUGGACACGCCUCGUGAAGCGACGAGGCCUCACAGUUCGACGUCACCGGAGCGACGCAUCGAGCCAAUCGCGGCCGAUGCUCCUCCACCAGAACGACGGUCUACGACACCAACCGCUAAACGCAACGAUGACGCGGUCCAUUCCUGUGAGUUUUGCGGGAAGAAAUUCCGCUUUGAAAAUAACCUCCAAGUACAUCGUCGGUCGCAUACUGGCGAAAAACCUUACAAAUGUACUGAGUGCGAUGAAUGUUUUGAGAAAGCAUCGAAAUUAAAAAAGCACAUGAAAAUACAUCGGGCGCCGGAUGCUACUGAAGAUGGUGAAUCAGGUGGUGAUACGGGGGAGGAUGACUCCGACGAUGAAUUGGAAGAUGAGGAGUUAGAUGGUGAGGAAGAAGAGGAGAAUGAGGACGGCGAUGAUGUCGAAGAAGCUGAAGACUUGACUGUGUCUAAUAGCAGUGCUCCGUCUGCUCCUCUCAGAAAACAAGCACCAGUUAUCCCCGCUCAUCCACCCAGUGCAUCAGUUGUUGGUGAACUCAUGGACAAGUUUGGGUUAUCCAAUAUUGCACAAUAUAGUGAAGCAUUCAAACAAGCUUUACAAGAAUCUGGUAACUCAUUAAAAUGGCAAUUAGCUAAAGAUAGAGAUAACAACAACGGACCUCCCAGUGACAAACCUAAUGGCAUGCCUCCAACUGCCGCGUUACGAUUGAAAGAGGAGUUCGCCAAAAUGCCUCCUCAACCGCAUCCUCUAUUCAAUCCUUUUGAGAAUCCGUUUGAGGCGUCAAAGCGGAUGAAAUUAGAAAUGGAGCGAGGUGAGGGCUGGUGGCUCCCCACACUGCACGCGCAGCGACCUCCUGAAAAUAUCUUUGACGGUCUCAAAAACAGCAGCAAUGGAUUACUACAGAAUCCGUUGUUAAAAACAAAAGACGGGCGUCGAAAUGAUACUUGUGAGUUCUGCGGAAAAGUGUUCAAGAACUGCUCAAAUCUGACUGUCCACCGUCGAUCUCACACUGGGGAGAAGCCGUACAAAUGUGAGCUUUGUUCUUACGCGUGCGCUCAGAGCUCUAAACUAACAAGACACAUGAAGACGCACGGGAGGUUAGGGAAGGACGUGUACCGCUGUCGGUUUUGUGAAAUGCCGUUCUCUGUGCCGUCGACGCUAGAGAAGCAUAUGCGGAAGUGUGUUGUGAAUCAAAGUAAUGGUGCUCCGUUGGCAUUAUCUGAUGACUCGAAUGCGUGUCGAGACGAGGCGUCGUGACUCUACCCGUGGGGCGGGCUUCGCUUGCCUCCGCCCGCGCCUUCUAGCCAGAUUUUCUAAGGCCUAAUACUUUAGUUCCAUGUGAGACGUUGCGUCUUACGUCGAAACACUUUGGAGAAUCGUGCAAUAUUUGUCUUAACUAUUUAUUGAAUAUGAAAUCACUAAUUGUAAUGUUAUCGCUUUCAGAAAUAAAACAUCAUUUCAUAUUAUACAUAUUGAGUUAGUUAAAAAGAACUACUACAUAUAAAACGCUAAAUUUAGACUUGAAUUCCACGUAAUUAAAAUCCGAGUAAUUUCAAAAUCCAAUAUUGGCACGGUUUUUAAAGUUAUUCGACAUUUGUUCAACUUCUAGUCGUAAGGAUUGAAGGGCUGGCAUAUUAUUAUAACGGUCAUUGCAAUAUAAGCCCAAAGGGUCACAACCGCAGGGCAUUAUUAUAAUUAUUGACAUAUCUUACAUCUCCGUAGCAGUGUUUGUUCCCAUUGUUAUAUUUUGAUUAUUUACAAGUGAACAUGGGCUUUGUAACUAGUCAUGUAAAAUUUCAAUCGACAAUAUAUUUUUAUCGGCUCGUCUAAGAGAUAUGAUAAAAUUGCUAUCUAAUUUAAACUUUUAAUUAGACAUUCUAUAUUUAAAACCAUUUGGAUUCUUAGUUACUUAGCCCAUGUAAACUAGUCUAUUGUUUGGCUCACUGUGCCGCUUCUGUCUGAUUACGUUAUUCGAUUGUUUUGACGUUUUUAUUUAUAGAAAAAAAAAUGUGGAAACCAAUGCCAAAGUUAGCUAUGUUGAUUUAACACGAUUUAGCUGUAAGUUGUAUAGUGUCAAUUAAAAAUUAGGUAUUUUCAGUAUUUUUAGCAUCUUCAUAGAUUGAUGUAGUAAUUCAAAGUUUGUUCCGUUAGUAUGUCUGUACAUUACUAAGCAAAAAUGUUUCCUAUCUUAGAUUAUUAUUAGUUGUAAAUACGUCCUAUGUGUAAUGUGUAAAUUGAGUACCUACCUAUUGAUGUUCAUAUUUAUAUUAAAAAAAAAACACGGUGGUUCGCAAAUUAUAAAUAAAAAAAAGUUAAAAAA